AUGACAGUAUGGUGCGUCUUUCUCCUUCUCCUCGUUCUCACAACCACAACAUCCGCUUUUUAUUUGGAUCAACAUCACGAUAUAUUGGCAGAAUACGAAAACAUAGAAAACGAUCCAAGAACAUUAGUAUAUCAUGCACAAGAAAAUAGUCUUCGUCGAUCAACAAUUGUUAAACGUUCACAACGCAAUGCAAAUAUUCUCUAUCGGUAUUGCCGUCGGAAUGGUCAAGGACCGAAUUUUUGUUUAAAAUAUGCCAUACGAAUGAUAUUUGCUACAGGCCAUUAA